CUAACGUCGGGCGCGCACCUCUAGGGGCGGGGCGUCGGGAGCGUGCGGUCGCCCAGAGUCACCCCUAGGUGGCGAACCCGCGGUCUUCUCCUGCUAGGGGCACUGUCAGCUCCCCCGACCCGCGCUCGCAUGACGCAGCCCCGCGAGUCCACAGGCCCUGACUGCGCGCCAUGGAGCAAGAAGAAGAUGCCUACCCAGAGGCUGGCUUCUGCCUGGGAGCUGCUCUGCAGUCCUGGGGAUUGCAGUUGACAGAGCAACAAUCACAGUCCAACAUGCUGAUGGGGAUUAUGAUUGGAGCUCUCCUGGCCUUGGCCUUGGUUGGUGUUACAGUCCUUUUUGUGUACAGAAGGAUUAAACAAUCCCGACAAGUGCAACCCACUCCUCAAUACAGGUUCCGAAAGAGAGACAAAGUGAUGUUUUAUGGCCGGAAGAUCAUGAGGAAGGUGACCACACUCCCCCACACGCUUGUGGGGAACACAGCAGCCCCCAGGCAACGAACAAGGAAGAGGACCAAAGUGCUUUCCUUGGCCAAGAGGAUUCUGCGUUUCAAGAAGGAGUAUCCCACUCUGCAGCCAAAGGAGCCCCCACCCUCCCUGCUGGAGGCUGAUCUCACAGAGUUUGAUGUGAAGAAUUCUCACUUGCCAUCAGAAGUUUUGUACAUGCUAAAAAAUGUUCGGGUCCUGGGUCACUUUGAGAAGCCAUUGUUCCUGGAACUAUGCAAGCACAUGGUCUUUGUGCAGCUGCUCGAGGGACAACAUGUCUUCCAACCAGGGGAGCCAGACAACAGCAUCUAUGUGGUGCAAGAUGGGCGGUUAGAAGUCUGCAUUCAGGACGCGGAUAACCCUGAAGUGGUGGUCAAAGAAGUUCUGGCUGGAGACAGUGUCCACAGUCUAUUGAGCAUUCUGGACGUCAUCACCGGCCACACCGCCCCCUACAAAACCGUGUCCGCCCGUGCUGCUGUCCCCUCCACCAUCCUCCGGCUGCCAGCUGUGGCUUUUCAAGGAGUUUUUGAGAAAUAUCCUGAAACCCUAGUGAGAGUGGUGCAGAUCAUUAUGGUGCGGCUGCAGAGGGUCACCUUUCUGGCUCUGCACAACUACCUGGGCCUCACGACGGAGCUCUUCAACCCUGAGAGCCAGGCCAUCCCCCUCGUGUCUGUAGCCAGUGUGGCCUCUGGCAAGGCUAGGAGGCAGACAAGCUGUGGCCCUGAGGAACGAGUUGAGAAGUCCCUGCGGGCUCAGGAGUCCUGUGACCCAGACCGAGCGGGUAGCCGUGCAGCAAUCUCUGGGCCGCUGCUGAAGAGGAGCCAAUCAGUCCCUCUGCCUUCUGUCCAUGAAGAGAUCUUGGAUGAGCUUGGAAAGGCCCAGGCAGGUGACCAGGGCCCUUCAUCCCCACCAGGGUAUACAGCAGGAACCCCGCCAGACCUGAGGAUGGCAUGUGACCGAGCCAGGGUUCUCCUACACCCUGGGAGCACUGUGCUCAGCAAGUCCAAGAAGAAUGUGACUGUCACUAAGACCCCGUCUGCAGUCUUUCACUACUCGGAGAGUAACUCAGAUGAAACUGUCACGAACAGGAAGACAGAUGCCAUCUUGAAAGCUGCCAAAAAGGACCUGCUUACCUUGAUGAAACUGGAUGAUCCUUCAUUGUUGGAUGGCCGGGUGACACUUCUCCAUGUUCCAGGUGGCACAGUGGUAUCAAGACAGGGAGACCAGGACGUGAACAUCCUCUUUGUGGUUUCGGGGCUGCUGCAUGUGUACCAGCAGAAGAUUGACAGCAGGGAGGACACCUGUCUAUUUGUCACACACCCUGGGGAGAUGGUGGGCCAGCUGGCUGUGCUCACUGGGGAGCCACUCAUCUUCACCAUCAAGGCCAACAGGGACUGCAGCUUCCUCUCCAUCUCCAAGGCGCACUUCUAUGAAAUCAUGAGGAAGCAGCCCACUGUCGUUCUGGGCGUCGCACACACUGUGGUGAAGAGGAUGUCCUCCUUCGUGCGGCAGAUUGACUUUGCACUGGACUGGAUGGAGGUAGAGGCUGGGCGUGCAGUAUACAGGCAGGGAGACAAGUCGGAUUGCACAUACAUUGUCCUCAGUGGCCGGCUACGCUCAGUGAUCCGAAAGGAUGAUGGCAAAAAACGACUGGCGGGGGAGUAUGGCCGUGGGGACCUCAUCGGAGUGGUGGAAACACUCACCCACCAGGCCAGAGCAACUACAGUACAUGCCGUUCGGGACUCAGAGUUGGCUAAGCUGCCAGCAGGUGCUCUGACAUCCAUCAAGCGCAGGUACCCACAGGUAGUGACUCGGCUGAUUCAUCUCUUGGGUGAGAAGAUAUUGGGCAGCCUCCAGCAAGGAACAGCCACAGGUCACCAGUUUGGGCUACAUGCCACAGGCAGCAAGUGGGACUCAGGAAACCCAGCCAGCAAUCUCUCCACGGUGGCCAUCAUGCCUGUGUCGGAGGAAGUGCCCCUCACCGCCUUUGCCCUGGAGCUGAAACAUGCCCUCAGUGCCAUAGGCCCCAUCCUGCUGCUGACCAGUGAUAACAUAAAACAGCGUCUUGGCUCUGCUGCUCUGGACAGCAUCCACGAGUACCGGUUGUCCAGCUGGCUGGGGCAGCAGGAAGACAUCCACCGCAUUGUGCUCUACCAGGCAGACAGCACGCUCACACCCUGGACCCAGCGCUGCAUCCGGCAGGCAGACUGCAUCCUCAUUGUGGGCCUGGGAGAGCAGGAGCCCACAGUUGGUGAGCUGGAACGGAUGCUGGAGAGUACUGCAGUGCGGGCCCAGAAGCAGCUGGUCCUACUGCACCGGGAGGAGGGGCCUGCACCAUCACGCACAGUAGAGUGGCUCAACAUUCGGAGCUGGUGCUCAGGUCACCUGCACCUUCGCUGCCCGCGCCGUGUCUUCUCCAGAAGGAGCAUGCCCAAGCUGGUGGAGUUGUAUGAGCGGGUCUUCCAGAGGCCCCCAGAUCGGCACUCGGACUUCUCCAGGCUGGCACGAGUACUGACGGGCAAUGCCAUUGCCUUGGUGCUUGGUGGAGGAGGAGCAAGAGGCUGUGCCCAGGUUGGCAUCAUCCGGGCCCUGACGGAGUGCGGCAUCCCUGUGGACAUGGUUGGAGGGACAUCCAUUGGGGCAUUCAUGGGUGCCCUGUACUCUGAGGAGCGGAACUACAGUCAGAUGCGGAUUCGGGCCAAACAGUGGGCAGAGGACAUGACAUCCAUGGUGAAGACUGUACUGGACCUGACCUAUCCCAUCACCUCCAUGUUUUCGGGGGCUGGCUUCAACAGCAGCAUCUGCAGCGUCUUCAAAGACCAACAGAUUGAGGACCUGUGGAUCCCCUAUUUCACAAUCACCACAGACAUCACAGCCUCUGCCAUGCGGGUUCACACAGAUGGCUCCCUGUGGAGAUACGUGCGUGCCAGCAUGUCCCUGUCAGGCUACAUGCCCCCCCUCUGCGACCCCAAAGACGGACACCUGCUGAUGGAUGGGGGCUACAUCAACAACCUCCCAGCGGAUGUGGCCAGGUCCAUGGGUGCAAAGGUGGUGAUUGCCAUCGAUGUGGGCAGCCGGGAUGAAACAGACCUCACCAACUAUGGCGAUGCGCUGUCUGGGUGGUGGCUACUGUGGAAACGCUGGAACCCCUUGGCCACAAAAGUUAAGGUGCUGAACAUGGCAGAGAUCCAGACACGCCUAGCCUAUGUGUGCUGCGUACGACAGCUGGAGAUGGUGAAGGCCAGCGAGUACUGUGAGUACCUACGCCCUCCCAUCGACAGCUACGGCACCCUGGACUUUGGCAAAUUCAACGAGAUCUGCGAAGUGGGAUACCAGCAUGGGCGGACAGUUUUUGACAUCUGGAGUCGGAGCGGUGUGCUGGAAAAGAUGCUGCAGGACCGGCAAGGCACAAGCAAGAUGAAGGCAUGCGCUGUCCUCACCUGCCCCAAUGCCUCUUUCACGGACCUCGCUGAGAUCGUGUCUCGCAUAGAGCCUGCCAAGGUGGCUGCAAUGGAUGAUGAAUCUGACUACCAGACAGAGUAUGAGGAGGAGCUACCAGAUGGCCCCCAGGAUGCCUAUGCUGACUUCCAGAGCACCCCCACUGAUGUGGGCUCCGACUCGGAGGAUGAAGCCUCACUUCGGCAACGGCAUCCCAGUCAGGCUUCCUCAAAACCAUCCCAGGGUUCCUCAACCCCCUGACUCUUAACGGAUGGGUUCAGAUGUCUGUUUUGAUGGACCUUGAAGCCAGUCCCCAAGUGUACUGUUUCUGCAGCUCCCAAGGACUCUUCUCCAGGAAGACCCGGCUGGGGAUGAAUGCCCUGCAGGCUGUGCAUCCAGCUUCAGGGGUAGGGAGUGGGAGGGUGGGCAGAUGGGCUGUCAGGGGUCUCAGAUCUCUUUGCACUGGCAUCUCCUGGUGGGAUGUUCAGUUUUGGCAUGUCUGUUCACAACAAUCCUUAUCAGUUCCUGUGAUCACCUCCCGUCCUUUGAGAGGUUUGGGGCCACAGUGCUGCUGCUUUCUAUGUCAAUAAAGGUAGAGAUGACUGUG